GCAAUAGGAGAAACCAUUUCAACAAUGGUUACCCUUGCAUACUUUAUGAUAUUAAGUGUUAAUAUAAAUAUUAGCAAAUUGGAAACUUCACUUGAUGACCAUCAACUUAACACAGAUCAUGAACUGAUUGUUCAAGGAGUUUCCAAUUUAAUUGCAGGAACUUUCCAAGUUUCCUUGAGAUAUAAAGAAUCAAUUUUAUUGAUUAAAUCAGGAGUAAAUAAACGUGUUGUGGGGCUGAUACUUGCAUUCUGUAUUGGUAUAACAGUAUAUUUUGGAGAACUGUUAUUUUUAAUUGAAUACAUUCCUACAACAGCUGUAGGCACAAUAAUCUUCUACUUGGGACUGGAUAUGAUACAAGAGGCAUUGUUAGACUCAUUGAAAAUUUUCAAUAAAUUGGAAUAUUUGAAUAUUAUAGUCACAAUGGGUGAAAUGGCAUUGAUUGGAUUUGUUGAAGGAAUAUAUAUAGGGAUUGCAAUUUCUUAUACAUCUUUUAUAUUAUCAAAUUAUCAAAAGGGAGUGAUUAGAACAACAUUUUCAGGUAAUUCAGAUAGAUCUUCUGUAAGAAGGCAUUACAGAGACCAUAAAUUUCUUGAAAAACUUGGUAGUCAAAUCUAUGGAAUGAAAUUACAAGGUUAUAUGUUUUAUGGAGCAAUUAAAGGAGUUGAAGAUAGUAUAAAGAAAGUUUUGAUUGAUUGUAAACAGGAUGGAAAACCAAUUAAAUUCUUGAUUUUGAAUAUGCUUGGUGUCACUGGAUUUAAUAUUAAUUCUAUUCAUGUGCUUGAAAGCAUUCAAAAGCAUUUUCAACAUCAAAAAGUAUAUCUUGUAAUCUGUGGAAUAUCAUAUGAAUCUCAGCAAGUUUAUACACCAUUGAAAAAAUUACUAUUUUGGAAUGAUGUUACAAAUGAUCAUGUAAAGUUUUGUGAUGAAGCUAAUGAGGCACUGGAAUGA